UUUUUUUUUUUUUUAUUAUUCCACUCCACUCACUCUUUUAGUUUUCUUUAAUGUUGCGCAUAAAUCCCAUACGAUUAGGACAACAAGUAAGACCAACAGUACGUUCUUCUUCCUUAUUUGCUAUUCGACAUGAAUCCACAACAUCCGAUGCUCCUACUCAGAAACCAACUUUAUCUCAACGGUUGGGUGGUAGUGGUCGUGGUAAAUUAAUGCCUUCUAGUGGUCAAGAAACUGAUGUCUUUGCCUCUUUUUUGGCUCAAGCACAAAAGAAACAACAACGAUCUCGCAACAAACAAAAACGUCCUCAACAAGCUAAACCUGGCCAAUUUGACGAUGCUGUUGAAACAUCUUCCAAUAAAAAAACUGACAACAAGCAACAACAACAACAACGACGACAACAACAAAAAACUUCCUCUGGUAAAGGACAACAACAACAACAAGUUGAACGAAAACCACGUCAACAACAACGUCGCGAUAUCAAGAAAUCAACAUCCUAUGGUUCUCCUUCUUCUGUACCUGUUCGUCGUACCACUACGUUUAUCGACAAGGACUUUGAUUGGGCUUCUUUAAAUCCUGUGAUAUCAACAAAUAAUGUGGAAGAAACAACCAUUGAUCCUGAAGAAAAAAAACAAAUGGAAAUGGAGUUGAAUGAUGGUGAUUAUACUCGGUUUAUGUCGAUAGGACAAUCGAUUCAAUGGCCUAGUUCUUUGGAUACCCAUGCUUUGGAAUCUUUGGUGAGUAGCAAUGCUUCUUAUGGUUUGGAUCAAAAGAUGACCUUCUUAUCAACCGUGGCCAAGGCUUCCAAUGUUGGUGGUGCUGCAGCAAAAAAAUAGGUUUCCUCAAUUACCUCUCUUCUUCUUUAUCCAGAUCUCUUGAUUCAAAACAAUUGUACAUUUUUCAUUUUACUUUCUCCUCCUUCCUCUCCUAGAUUAGAUUAUACAUUCUUUUUUUUUUUUUUUCUCUUUACGUGAUGCUCUUCCUGUUAGAUAUGUAUUGUAUUCUAUCCCUUUCAAAAAUCUUUUCUUAAUAAAAAAAAAAGUAUUAUUAGUUAUCAUUAAUGUCAUCAUAGUAAAAUGCCACAUGUA